AGAUAUAGAUAAAUGAAUAGAUAUAGAGUUGCUUGUUUUGUUUUGAGCCCAUUCGUCCAAUCCGUCUUGAAUUUAAUAAAAUAACGUAAUUCUGUGCUUCUAGUUAAGAAGUUUUGUUGUAGAAUUUCAUAUAUUUUUUUUACCAACACAACAUAAUUAAUAGUCUGGUUUGUGUGGAAAAAUGAAGAAAAAUAGAAACUCAAUGGCGAAAAAUAAGUCUAAAAAAAAUGAAAACCAAACAGAUACAGAAGCUAUUAAGAAAAAAAAGCUGACUAGUAGACAAAGAAAAGCACUAUUAAAAAUUAUAGAAAAAAAACAAAAGAGCCAAAAGAGAUCUGAAAUGUUAAAUGAAUUGAAGAGUCUUGAACUUUCAGCACCUUCAUUAUCAUUGAUGACAUCUAUAAGCCAAACUCAAACAAGUGGAUUGAGAAAUGCUUUAAAACAAAAAAAAAAAGAUCGAACAACUAAGCCGAGUGAAGAAAAUAGGAGCUCAGAUGAAAUGACAGUUGAUGAAGAUGUUGGUUCAGAAAUUGACGAAGAUGAGAUUGUAUAAAAAUUUAUUUAUAUUAUUUAGUCAUUUGGCAGAAAGUCUGUGAUUAUUAAUUUUACAAUGGUGGCCAUAUCAAUUUUACUUCUUUAUGAGCUGAUUGUGGUAACCAUGUUAAAUAUUCUUCCAACAAAUCUAAAAAAAAAAAACAAAAUAAAGAUUUUGUUAAAUUUUGUUAACAUCCAAUAUUUUAUGAUUAAGUCAAUAAAAAUUUACAUGUUGGCUUUUUUAA